AAACUGUUAAUUAAAUGUGGGCGUCAAAGACUUUCUGCAAGUGUUAUGUGCGAAUUCCAUCUGUUUCUUUAAAAUGUUUUAUUCAAAACAAAGCAAAAGCGAGUUUUCCAAAUGAAAAUAGAUAAUUCGACAAGGCAAAUAGAAACAAGAAAAUAAAGAUAUCUUAUAUAUAAAUUAUAUAAUAUAAUGAAAAAUUGUUUCAAAAGAUAUGAAUAUGCCCGAGGAAGAAUAUGUGGAGAAAACAUAUAUAUAUAAAUUUCCAACGUGUACUACAAAUCAAGAAUAUGUAUUAGAAAUACCAUUAAAAAUACCAUACCAUGGUUCUGUCAAGGAACUUAUGCAUCGUAUAAUGUCAUCUUUUAAAUUACCAUGUUAUGUGGAAUCAGAUUUAUUGAAAUCAUUGGAAAAUACUAUUAAAACAUUAACAUUAGAAUUUUAUGAUGAAAAAGCAGAAAAAGAUCUUGAAAAUGCAAAAUCAGGAACAUUAGAUAUUGAAGAUAUUAUAAGAAAUUGGGAAAAAUCUUAUAAACAAAAGACAGUAGAAUAUGCUGAUCCUAUUGGAACUACAGAUGAAGAAUUAUUUGCUGCUGCAUACCACAGAUUAGUACAUUCUCCAUCAUUAGAACCUAUUCUUCAAGCAGAACAUAAAUUUGGAAGAGAUGUAACCGAAGUUAUUCAGAUGAGAGAUACACAUUACGAACAACUCACUCAAAAACAAACCGAAGAAAUGCGGGUCGCUGUUGAAGCUCUCGAAGCUGGUUCUACUGAAAAAUCUAUAAAUGAUAUGGCAGGACGACAUUUUGAAGAACAAAGUUUAUUACAAGGUCAUUGGGGAUCAAGAGUCGAUGCAUUGAAAUUGGAACAAAGACGGCAAUAUCGUAAUUGGAUCAUGAGGUUAUUGGAAGAGCAGCAAACUAACAUGUUACCGACUCCAGUGGGUUCUCCAAUUCUAUCGAUGCCACCAAUACGACCGGCAUUAGACAAUUUUGUUCAUAGCGAAGAAAAAAAUACGGCGGAAUAUCCUAUAUUGGAAGAAAGUUUCACCAUACAUUUAGGUUCUCAAAUGAAACAAAUGCAUAAUAUAAGAAUUUUAACUGGUGAUGUUUUAGAUUUUUGUAGAACAAAGAAGAGUGAAUCUGGAAUGGAUCCAACGCCUCAAAGGCUACAGACUGCUUUAGGAUUAUAUUCUAAUGAUUUGUGUGGAUUAGUAUUAUUGAGUGAUAAUCAUUUAGGAAGUUAUUCGGGAAUAACGAAAGAAUUAUGUUCGAUAUGUCAAUUAACGACAGAAUUUCAUUUUCCACCGAUUGAUGAACAACUGGAAAAAAUAAGAGAGGAUGUGAAAGAUGCAGUUGCAUGGAGACAAGCUCAUCAUAAAGAAACAAACGAAUCUCAAACUAAAAGAUCAACAGGUAGCAAGAGUUUACAAACAGGUGAUGUUUAUAUUACAAGGCAUUCAAAUUUAGCACAAGUCCAUGUAAUUUUUCACAUGGUAGUGAACGAUUCGUUACGAUCUGGUGAUAUCAAUUCGAGGCAUCCGGCUAUUUUAGGAUUACGAAAUAUUUUAAAAACUGCUUGCUGUAAUGAUGUGACUACAUUAACUAUCCCUAUACUCCUCGUUCAUGAAAUGUCGGAGGAUAUGACUGUUGCGUGGUGUACAAAAAGAGCAGAACUUGUUUUUAAAUGUGUGAAAGGAUUUAUGAUAGAAAUGGCAUCUUGGGGUGGUGCUGAAUUAAAGAAUCUUCAAUUUCUAGUACCUAAGGGUAUGUCAGAGGAAGUAUUCGGUACUCUAGCCACAAUGUUACCGAGCAUAUUCCGAGUAUCAAAUCCAUUGGUGUUUAAAGCAACGAGCACACCUCAAACUCCAAAAAAGUGAAUGAACUUCUUGUCAUUGUUAUCGUACACGUGUCAAAAAUAUUGAAAUAUUUAUUAUUAUAUAUCACAUAUCAUGGCGGCAAUAAAUCGUCGCAAAUGCCAACAAGAUAUGAUCCCGUGAAUAAAUGCCUGACUUUUAAAGAA